AUGCGUACAAAGAAUCCUCCAGAUUUAAAUUCUGCGUUAGGCAUCCUCACAAAUGAUUUUCAGAUAUACCUCGACCAAAAUAAUUCUUCUCAAAGCAAAAAUCACAAAUCUUAUCAAAAUAACAAUUAUUCGUCUAGACCAAAAUCCAAUUUCCGACAAAACCAACAAAAUAAUUAUCAACCCCAAAUUCAAUAUCAACCCCAAACUCAAUAUCAACCAAGGAAUCAAUUUCCAAUACAGAGAAAUACUAUGGAUCCUCCGAAUCCCCAACCGAAUCCUCAAAAUAUGAGACAAAAUAAUCAAAAUAAUUAUUUCCAAAAUAAUCCUAGUACAAGUAGGAAUUUUAAUCGAAACUCCAAUGUAUUCCAGCCAAAUCCAAACAGAAAAUUCUCAAACCCUACUCCAAUGACUAUCACAACCAAUAAUACUUUCAGACUAUCACAAAACUUCCAAAAUAGGACUCGUUUCCGUAACCCCAAUAAUUUCGCAAGCCAAAAUAUUAUUCCGGAAGAACUGCAUAACAUAGAUAAUACAGACUGUCCUGAAAGUUCAUCCCAAGAACCUUUUUUAGAAGAGAUAGCCUCGGAAGAAAACCAGAGCAUGUAG